GGCUGUACUUGAUCAAAACAACAACAACUGAACCAGGAGAGAGGAGGAUGCAACAGCAAUCAGAUGUCUCUGGACAACUAGACGCAGCUGAUUCUUACUGAUGUUACAGUUGUAGAUUGAGCUGAGCUCAUGAAUCUGACCAGUCAGAGUGGCGAGGCCGGCUGCUGCCAGGUCCUCUUCGCCAACUUCAACCAGGACAACACGUCCUUGGCUGUUGGCACAAAAUCUGGCUAUACGUUUUUCUCUUUGUCUUCUGUUGAUAAAUUAGAGCAGAUUUACGAAUGCACUGAAACUGAAGAUGUGUGUAUUGUGGAAAGACUGUUCUCCAGCAGCCUUGUGGCCAUUGUUAGCAUUAAGGCCCCCAGGAAGCUGAAAGUCUGUCACUUUAAAAAAGGGACUGAGAUCUGUAAUUACAGUUACUCCAACACCAUUUUGGCUGUCAAGCUGAACAGACAGAGGUUAAUAGUGUGCCUGGAGGAAUCGCUUUAUAUCCACAAUAUUAGAGAUAUGAAAGUGCUGCACACCAUUCGAGAAACUCCACCCAAUCCUUCAGGACUGUGUGCUUUGUCAAUUAGUAAUGACAAUUGCUAUUUAGCAUACCCUGGGAGUGCAACAAUAGGAGAGAUCCAAGUUUUCGACACAAUCAAUCUGCGUGCUGCAAACAUGAUUCCAGCCCAUGAUAGCCCCUUAGCAGCUCUGGCAUUUGAUGCAAGUGGCACAAAACUUGCAACAGCCUCUGAGAAGGGGACUGUGAUUCGAGUGUUCACCAUUCCAGAAGGACAGAAGCUCUUUGAGUUCAGGAGGGGAGUGAAGAGGUGUGUCAGCAUCUGUUCCCUUGCAUUCAGCUUGGAAGGACUCUUUCUCUCCGCCUCCAGUAACACUGAGACGGUUCAUAUCUUUAAGCUGGAAACCCAGAAAGAAAAGCCCCAGGAAGAACCCAGUACAUGGACUGGGUACUUUGGAAAGGUGCUAAUGGCAUCUACAAGUUACUUACCAGCCCAAGUCACAGAGAUGUUCACCCAGGGCAGGGCCUUUGCCACAGUCAGACUGCCAUUUUCAGGACACAAGAAUGUCUGCUCACUUGCCAUAAUACAGAAGAUCCCUCGCCUUCUCGUGGCAGCAGCUGAUGGGUAUCUGUACAUGUAUAACCUGGACCCACAGGAGGGGGGCGAGUGUCGACUAAUGAGGCAGCACAAAUUGGAUGGCAGUGUGGAGCCGCCAGAUGAGAUCGUGGAGCCGACAAACCAUGACCGCCCCCUAGUGGUGACUCAGAACUACAGCGCUGGUGUGGCCAGAGGUUACUCUGAGGACCAUGGAGCUGCUGGAGGCCCUGGCAUAGAGGAUGAGCUGAGCUCUCUGCACCUGGAUGAGGAAAAUGAGCAACCUCCCAUGAUCCUGCAGACUGACUGAGGGCUGAACCACCUAUUUCUGUGGACAACUGGGUGACAUCCUGAAAGAUGCUGCUCACUCAUAGCAGAUCAGAAGAGGGGAUGUUUUAACAAGCCCACCUGUAACCUAAUCCUGUCAGUGUUUAUAAAUUAUGUGUGCAUAUUUAUGUAUGUGUUAUAUACACUCAGUGAGCAUUUUAUUAGGUCGACCUGUACACCAACUUGUUAAUGAAAAUAUUUCAUCAGCCAAUCAUGUGGCAGCAACUAAAUGCUGACAAGCAUACAGACAUGGUCAAGAGGUUCAGCUGUUUUUCAUACCAAAUGUCAGAAUGGGGAAGAAAUGUGAUCUAAGUGACAUUGGCUGUGGAAUGAUUUUUGGUGUCAGACAGGGUGGUUUGAGAAUGGUGCGAAAAAAAAGAAUCCUGUGAGCAGCAGUUCUGUGGGCAAAAACUCCUCGUUAAUGAGAGAGUCAGAGGAGAAGGGGCAGACUAGUCUAAGCUGACAGGAAAGUGACAGUAAUGCAAAUAACCACAUUACAACAGUGGUAUGCAGAAGAGCAUCUCUGAACAAUCAACACGUCAAACCUCUUAAGUGGAUUGGCUACAACAGCAGACGUCUAAUAAAUACCUAAUAAAGUGCUCACUGAGUGUACAUUUACACACAUCGCAGUAACUUUUAAAUCUUGUAAAAUGUUAUUAGGAAGACCCAUUUCUGCUUACAAUGAACAUAAUGUCAGUUGUCUGUCGCAACUACUCUUAGCCUUCCAUGCAUGUGUGCCAAGUACAGGAUUGCAAGAAAAGGGUUAAUUUACAGUGUCAAUGCUACAGACAAGAGGUGAAUCUCUCUUUUCAGCCAUGUCCAGGCCUAAACCUGGUGUAUUUGACUGGAAGGAGACUCAAAGGCUCAGUGUGCAUCCUGCACAAAGGCAGGUCCAUGGGCCCAUACAGUUUAAGGUGGGAGAAUAAAAUGUUGUGUGGAUGUCAGAGAGAAGUGGGGGAAUGGUUGAGCUCUGUGACGCAGGAAGAAAGGGAGUGACACUGCUGAACCUUGGAAAGGCUAUUCCAGAGAGUUCCACGCAGUCCUUUGUCUGAGGAAACCCACGUCACUCUGUUCUUUUCCAUAGAGGUACGUCAGUGACUUACCCUGAUAUUUAUCUUGGAGGACUGGCUGCAGACUGCUCUGGAAAGCCCAUCGCCUUGAUGUCUGUUUAAUUCCUUAGUUUUAUAUUCCGUUUGGCAUGCUAAUAUUACAGCUGCCAUUCUCAGGUGGGAAAUAUCUUUGUGGUCUUCAGACAUGUAAGAAUUUAAGACUACAGUAGAGCAGCAGAGGUGGAGGGGCGGUCCUGGUGUUUGGCAGAACUUACUGUAUUUUUUUUAUGUCCUUCUGUGAAGGGGAGCUGUGACUCAUGAACAGCAGGUCUGUUUUCUGUAAUGAGAAAUGAAGGAUGGGAGUUUCCCUUUUCCUUUUUCUGCUCUCAAAUUAAUUCUCUUCCUACCACUUCCUGAUUUGCCCUGAUGUGCCCUGCAUAGAAUUCACUCUACAUGUAUAUUUGCACUUAAUUUAAUUCAUUAUUAUGUAAUGAGAGAUUUAUUAUAUGUCAUCUUUGUUGAUGGUUCAGUAAAAUCCGUUGCAGUAACUUGGUUAUUUUGCAGAUUUUGGCAUUCGUUUUCACAGCCCCAAUACAUAUGGCUAAUGUAUUUAAUUAUUUUCCCUGGUAGAGAAUUCUGUUCUAACCAUGCAGUGUAAUUCCACUGGGACAGGACUUGUGAAGUCCUCCUGUUCUGUGUGCUGUAACUAUACAAACUGCCCAUGACUGACCGGAGGGACUGCAACAGGCAUGUACAGUAUAUCAGCCUCUCCCAAAGGGAAAGUGUGACUUGUUUUUCCUCACAAGUCCAAGCCUUUGUUUGCUUUAUAAACAUCUAAAAUAUGUCAAAAGUGCAAAAUGUUUCAUUUCGGUUUCCAGUACAGUAACCUCUGUCAAACGUUAGAUGACAUGGGGAUGUUCCUGUUUGCAGCUGUGUGUUUGUGGGAAAAUUGUAUUGUGAGUGGGACUCAAGAUUCAAGAUUUAUUGUCUCACAAAGUGGAAAAUUUGGCUUGGGCUUUCCGCCAUGCUGCAGCCGUAAAAAACAAAAAUUUCCUCAUACCAUAAACAUACAAAGAUGUUAGUGAAUAAAAACAUUUCUAAAAGCAAAGAUCAAGAUAAAGGGGUAGGGAAAAGCACCUGAAAAAACUAUGCAUUUUGCGGCUUUUAAUCAGUGGUAUGCAUUUAAUAAGAAAAUAAUUUAUUAAUGGCUAAAAAGAUUUGCAUAACAGACAUGAGCAUAGGAAGCAUGCGGUUUUGUCUCAAACUACAAGUAUAUUUCUGUCUUCCCUAUUCUCAGGAACAAAAUUAUACUGAAAAUAUGCAAGACACAAAUAUGCCAGCAGGUGAAGUCAAAACUGCACACAUGCUUCAUAUGCUUAUGUCAUUUAUACUAAGCUUCCACUGAACAUUGGUUUAAAGAUCGUGAUUGAAAUUCAAGUGUUUUGUAUGACAAUUACUAUAUACUACAGUAACUAUGAGAGUGUAACUAUGUAACUAUGAUUCAAUACCUAUCAAUAACUACAAUGUGUGUACAAAAAUGUUGCAUUAUUAAUACUUGGUAGGUCUCAUAUUCUCAAGGUUAUUCCUAUGGCUGUAUUACGUCCCGCUGCUUUCGGUGGUGAGUACUGGUCUUAUUUCUCAUGUCUGCAUUCUGCACACCUUUCGGAGGCCUGUGUGAAGACUUUUUUUUUUUUUUUUGCCUGUUGCAAUAAAGCUUUCCACUUGGGCAUUCUCUGAAAUCAUGGAACAAAAUGUAUUUUCCGGAGGGCCAAGCUGUAUCCCUUUUCCCUGUAAAGUAACCAUUAGAUUAUCCAUGCCUAUGGCUGCGUAACUUGUUUUCUAACAACUUUAGUACUAAAUGUGAAUCAUUCCACACAAAGACUGAAAUACUCUCUGAAAAUAAAGGAAACCAUUUAUAUGAAA